AUGGUUUCUCCUGCCAUGAUCCGCUUCGCCGCGGGUGCCGCCCUCUUGGCCGGUGUCAACGGCCAGUCGACCACCUCGACCACCGUCGUCGCUCCGACUACCACCGUGACGCCCAGCACCACCGUGACUGUGGCCAACCCUACGACCACGGUCACCAGCGGCAGUACCACCACCACUCUGACCUCUUCGGCCAGCUCCAGCAGCACGGCUUCCACUGGCACGUCUGUCGUGACCAGUGUCGGCAGCUCUACCGUCACUGUCAUUGCUCCCACGAGCACCUCGGUCACCACGGACUCCACCCUCAGCAGCGGCGCCAGCACCGUCCCGAGCACCACCCAGACCUCGACUUCUACCGGUUCGACCUCCUCGGACCCCGGCGUCGCCACCACGUCGAGCACCACCACCGACGUCGUCACCUCUACCGUCCUCACGACCUCGGCCCUCAACACCACCGACCCCGGCGUUCUCCCUACCUUUACCAGCUCGACCGUGACCCUUCCCAACAACAGCACCACCAUCAUCCCGGUCCCAGUUGAUCCCACCACCGGGCCCAUUGUCACCACUCCUCCCGUCUUCCCCAACGGAACCGCUCCUAUCACCAUUCCUCCCCCGGUGACAACCACCACUUGCAACUACAACGGCACCUGCGAUGUUGUCACCCUUCCCCCUUGCGUGACAAUCACCUCCUGCUACAACGGCUACUGCAAGCCCAUCACCACAAUCACCUACCCCCUCCCCCCCGUCAUCACUCCCCCGACAGUGACCACCAUCACUCGCUGCAACUACAACGGCACCUGCUCAACUUACACCCGCCCAGUCUACGUUCCGGCCACGAGCACCCAGCCACCCUUCUACACUGAUUGCUCGACCCUUACGAAGACGUACACCACCUGCAACAAUGCUGUCUGCAGCACCGUCACCACGACGACUACUUCGUCCUUCACUCGCCCGGGAACUCCUACCCCUACUGGCCCUGGUGGCUCGACCAUGGUCACGAAGCCCUCGAACCCGGCCUCGCCUCCUGUCAACCCGCCUACCAACCCCAGCAACCCUCCCAGCAACCCAAGCAACCCUCCUUCCAACCCGCCUUCCAACCCGCCUACCAACCCGCCUUCCAACCCUCCUUCAAACCCUCCUUCCAACCCUCCUUCCAACCCGCCUUCCAACCCGCCUUCCAACCCGCCUUCCAACCCGCCUUCCAACCCGCCUUCCAACCCUCCCGCCAACCCUCCCGCCAACCCUCCCUCAAACCCUCCUUCAAACCCGCCUUCCAACCCCCCUGCCAACCCUCCUGCGCAGCCUCCUGCGCAGCCUCCCGCAAACCCUCCCGCAAACCCUCCCGCCUCCAACCCUACCUCCAACCCCACCAAGCCUCCCGCCGGCAGCUCUCCCGCGACUACUCCAGCCGUUCCCACCACCGUCAGCGGUACCCGCCCCGUCACCACCUCUCCCACCGCCGUGGUGACGGCCGGCGAGCCCGCUCUGAUGGCUGCCAACGUGAUGCCGCUGAUGAGCGUUCUUGGUGCGGUUGCUAUUGGUAUGGUUGUGUUCUUGUAA